GGCGACUCCUCGCCUAUGCCACGUCCAAAGAUUUACCGUCGCUGGUGAAAGGAAAAAUAUAUUAAUCAGCGCAGGAAAUUUCGAGGCAACUUCCUCCAGUAUCGAGCGCAGCGCACGCAACCCACCUCUCUCGUUGUCCCCGCACACGCAACCUCUCGCACCGCACGCCAACGCAGCCGCCGCCUCUUCUCUUCCAUCGUCGUCGUCGCCUCGUCGGAUCUGGGGAGAAAGAGAGUGCGAGUCUCCUACCUCCGCCGCGUCCGCGUCCGCGUCCGCAUCACUCUUCCGCGCCCCGGCGCCGCCGCGUCCGCCACUUCUCCUCGCCUUGUCGUCCCCGUUCCUCUCUCAUAGCCGAGCUCCAGCCCUCCACCAUCCCCUCCUCCUUGACCGCCUCUCCCCUCGUCUGAAGGAGCACGGGGCUGGCAGCUGCGCCUGAGCCGCCACAAGGCCGUCAGGUAGAGAAGAUCCCGUGCCCACGGGCCGUUCCCGCCGCUGUCCGACGUCUCGGAGUUGCCAGAGUCGCCGUCGGCAUAUGAAGACGAGUCGGCGGGGAGAUGCUGGUGUUGGGAUUCGGGAGGGUCCAAUCUGCAGCAAAUCCUUGGGAGAUAUGACGGUGUAUUUUGGAAUGCUCGACGGCUUGCUGGCUGCAGAAGAGCUUCCUGAGGUGUAUUUUGGAAUAUACCGGAACCGAUGCCAGGAUAUACUCUGUAACGACUGCGGAAAAAAGGGCUUUCUUGGUUCCACUGGCUGUAUCACAAAUGCGCCGCCUGUGGCUCGUACUACACCAGAGUUAUCAAGACCGAGGCACCAGAUUGUUCCAUGUCGAAUUAACAGGUCCGCCGACGAGGAUGUGGAUGAGGACGAGGUCGAGCCCCUUCCCGGCGCGAUCUCCUUUUGGAGGCUAUUCAACUUCGCCGACGGCCUCGACUAGGCACUCAUGGCCGCUGGCACAGUUGCCGCCGCCGCCCACGAUGCAGCAUUCGUAGUCUACAUGCACUAAUGGUCCUUGAAUUUUCUCGACGGUGAGCGGAUUUAGUCUGCUCUCCACGGUCGUAGCGACGAGCCCCUCAACCAAUUUAAGCAGGUAAACCGUUGCUUCACAUGCUCGUCUCUUAAUUGCACGCUUGACAGGGCCUGCAACGUGAUAUUUAUUGCCUGACCCCCGAAGGUAAAUUCAACAACAAAUGUGUUUAGGAUCCACUUUAUUUCUGCAAGUUGAAGAAGUAAAGAUAUGCAUGCUGUGUUCUACCCUAUGGCCCACCAGGAACCGGCAAGACAGUAUUAGCAAGGGCUCUCGCCAGUAACAUCGAUGCUAACUUUUGGAGGUGUUGUUUUUACUUGAUUGAUGGUACUUGGUAUUUUCAUUAUGCGAGUAUUACAUUACACUGACGUAUUGUCUAAAACCAGAUUCUGUCAAGUGCUAUAAUUGACAAAUAUAUUGGAGAAAGUGCUCGUUUAAUCAGAUAAAUGUUCAGCUAUGCACGCGAUCACCACAUAAGUUUUGCUCCGGCUUUCUUUUUGCAAAGUUAAUUGGUCUUAAGCUUAAUUCCCUUAUUAUCUGUAAGACACACAUGGUGGCAGAUGGUUAUGCAUCUACUGUUGCUGAGAUGCAAGCUAUGACUUGAUAGUUCCCUUGACUGAGAUGUUGUGCCAUCUAAAUAUAUUCCGGUCCAACACUAUAAAAUUUUAAACUUCAGAUCUCAGUAUCAGUUUUGCCCAACAAGAAGAAAUCAAACUGAUCUGAAUAUAAGUACAAAUGCAUUUCUUAGAUCUUUAAACUUAUAUCACCAUUUAGUUUAUUUAUGCUGCCCACAAAUUUUGUUUCAUCUUCUUCAAAUUAUUAUUUCUAGCCAUGCAUUAUCUUCAUGGAUUAAAUCGAUGCAAUUGGUAGGACAUGAUUUAGUGAGGAACCAGUAACGACCGUGAGAUCCAGCGCACGGUGAUGGAGCUUCUUAAUCAGUUAGAUGGAUUUCAUGAGCUUGGCAAGAUGUUCUGAGAUCUGGAUGAGAUUCAUAUUGUCUGACAUAGCUCAGUUUGUGAUGAAGCCAACGAACAUAUUAGGAAAUAUUUUUCAACGAUGAAACCAGUUGGUGCUCUCUCUCUCUCUCUUUCUCCCCCCUAGAAAUGACCUACUUCUCUUCUUUAAUCAGUCUAAUAACUGUUUUCCCAUGGCUGUUGAACAGAUGUCAAGGUUUAUUUUUUUGCUGAUAUGUGCAAUCUUAUGGAUAUGUUUAUUUGGCAUAAUCUUCUAUCCUCAUUUGAAGCACCUUGGAGUUAUUUGGUGAUUGUGCUGCUCUGUUGGAUGAUCACACGCUGGUAUUAUUUUCUACUAGGUCUAUGAGUGGAAAGCAGUUGAUCUCGAACUGUUUGGUCCCUUGUUCAUUUUACUUGCCUUUCCUGCCUUUUUGGCCAAGUUAGGUGUUUGAAGCCCCUUUUGCGUAUGAAUCUUGCCUGGUGCGACUAGAAACUGCAUUCUCAAAUAUUCAACAAACUGUUGAAGUUAUCUGUUACAAGAUUCACCCAUUUUGUAGUAUUCAUGCCCUUAAGAUCUAAAAUAGCUCGAUCAUCUCCUUGUGAUGUCUUCUAUGUUGUUUGUUAUUACUUGUUAUUGUAUUAAAGCAAAUUUGUCAUUCUCAGCCAAGAUUGUCAACAAGUGUGCAUUAGCAAGCUGAGAUUUCAGUUUCACUUCCUCUUAGAAACUGUGAUAUCUUUCUGUUAUUUUCAGAUCUGCUUGCUCUGCAUGGAGCGAGAGCAUAGUCUGAAGAACUUCUCUGAUGAAGGUGAUGGGCUUCAAAAAAUUCUGCUAUAACUGUGGUGAAUCUGCCGUUUGAAAUUACAGGGCCAUGGACUCCAAUUUGCAGUGACGAAGUUUAUAUCAUGUUUGUGCUCAGUCUGUUAUUUCCCUUUAUCAAACACAUGGAUCUACAGCACACUAAUGGCAAGUUUGGAUUCACGGCGUUUGCGGCAUCCGCACUUUAACUUCUUGCUGGAUUUGGUGGGCAACGAUGUCAUUUGAUGUAGAACUGAGCUUGAACGCCGAUGCUGCCUCUGCCUGCUCAAGACACUGGCAAAGUCGCGUGGCCAAAGGCAGUCCCAACAGGUGGCUGCACUACGACAAGCGGGAAUGGCGAUGACCGCUACAUCUUCCGCGGCUACCGUGAGAGGUUGUGGGCUGCGUCGAGGGCUCUACUGCGAUGGCGAUCUGAUGAUGAAGCAGAUGAGGAGCUGCUCGAGCAGGCGAUGAUGAAGGCGAGCAUCGGCACGAUGGGGUUGGCGGAGCGUGCAGAUGAAGCUGCAGCGGCAAGUCUCGUGGCUGAAAUACAACGACAUAGAGUGGAGCAUCUGGUAGAUACAUCCUCUUUAGAUUGCUUGUUUAUUUGCUGAGUUUGAUUCACUUUUGGACAACCAUCGCAUGUAAUGCAUCUUCUAACCAGGUAUAUAACCUGCUGCCACCCCCUAAGAUUAAUAUACUUCCACCUCUAAUGGAUUUUGCCUGUAUUACUGUCAUUAAUUCAAGUAUGUGUCCACUGUA